AUUGAACGCACCAUCAGACUCCACGCAGCCAGCAGCGUCUCUGUUUGGCUCAAAGUGACCCGCUGCCGGGUGAACAGUACUACACACCAAACAAACCAGUCAUGGAGGUGAUGUGUCUGUUUCGGUGGCAGCAGAGCAGUCAGACAGCGGACCGCAGGAUGAAACGGUAGCUUCAGAGCCGUCUGGACUACACGAGGCGGUGAAUACAAAAGGAACCGCCGAGGAGGGAAGACGAUGGUGGGCAGAGCAGCAGCAGCAACAGCAGCAGGAGUAGGAACGGGUUUCUGAAGACCACAGAUAACUUCAAAAACGGGGGUUAUGUAAGAAAAUCUUCCAGCAUGUCGGAUCCGAGUCACUGGUCUGCGGUACCGAGCCAGAACAAGUCCCAUUUUGUUCCGGGAGCGUUGCUGAAACGCUCAAAAAGCUGUCGCAGCAGCAACAGGAAGAGCCUCGGUGUCGGGACGCCGUCACCCACACUGUCCCGGCCGCUCUCCCCCCUCUCUCUCCACACUGCUGCAAGCAGCCCUCUAGACAGCCCCCGAAAUGUGUCGACCAGUGCCUGCCUCAACUUUCCAUUUGCACGAAGAGCUGAGGGCCGGAGAUGGUCUCUGGCAUCCCUCCCCUCGUCUGGCUAUGGAACGAAUCCACCGAGCUCCACUGUCUCGUCCUCCUCGUCCUCCCAGGAGCGUCUUCACCAGCUUCCCUACCAGCCAACACAAGACGAGCUACACUUCCUCUUCAAACACUUCCGCAGUACAGACAGCAUAACCGACGAGGAUGGGCGGCCCUCGACGACGGUCAUACGACCUCGGUCUCGGAGCCUCAGCCCCGGGCGAUCGAGUGUCUCCUUUGAUAACGAGAUAGUGAUGAUGAACCAUGUUUACAGAGAAAGAUUUCCAAAGGCCACAGCCCAGAUGGAAGACCGCUUGUUGGAAAUUGUCACCCACUGCUCUCCAGACAGCUCCCUCCCGCUGGCUGACGGGGUGCUGGGCUUCAUCCAACACCAGUUGGUCGAGCUGGUCAGAGACUGUCUGGACAAGUCCCAGAAAGGCCUGGUUACAUCCCGCUACUUCGCUGAACUGCAGGAGAAGCUGGACAAGCUGCUGCAUGAGGCCUACGAGCGCUCUGAAAGCGAGGAGUUAACUGUCAUCAUCCAGCUGGUGAGGAAGAUCCUCAUCAUAAUCUCUCGACCGGCUCGCCUCCUUGAGUGUCUGGAGUUUGAUCCGGAAGAGUUUUAUCACCUACUUGAGGCAGCAGAGGGUCACGCCAAAGUCGGCCAGGGAAUCAAGACGGACAUCCCUCGAUACAUCAUCAACCAGCUGGGACUGACGCGGGAUCUGUUAGAUGACAUGGUACAGCUUGAACAGUAUGAUGCCAGUCCCUCAGUGUCAGUGGAACCAGAUGCCAAUGUUGAGACUAAGGCCCCACAGACCCUGACCCCAACUCGGAGGAAACCUCUCGAGAGUGAUUUUGAGACCAUCAAACUCAUCAGUAAUGGGGCUUACGGGGCCGUGUAUCUGGUCCGCCACAAGGAGACCCGCCAACGGUUUGCCAUGAAAAAGAUAAAUCGUCAGAACCUGGUCCUGAGGAACCAGAUCCAGCAGGCGUUUGUGGAGAGAGACAUCCUAACUUUUGCAGAGAACCCUUUUGUUGUCUCCAUGUUCUGCUCCUUUGAGACACGACGUCACCUCUGCAUGGUCAUGGAGUAUGUGGAAGGUGGCGAUUGCGCCAACUUGCUGAAGAACAUGGGCCCACUGCCUGUAGAAAUGACAAGGAUGUACUUCGCUGAAACCGUCCUGGCCCUGGAGUACCUUCACAACUAUGGCAUCGUACAUCGAGAUUUAAAACCUGACAAUUUGUUGAUUACGUCCAUGGGACACAUCAAGCUAACGGACUUUGGGCUGUCUAAAAUUGGCCUGAUGAACAUGACCACUAACCUGUAUGAAGGUCACAUAGAGAAAGACACAAGAGAGUUUGUUGACAAACAGGUGUGUGGUACUCCAGAGUACAUUGCCCCAGAGGUGAUCCUCAGGCAGGGUUAUGGGAAACCAGUGGACUGGUGGGCGAUGGGGAUCAUCCUGUACGAAUUCCUGGUCGGCUGUGUUCCAUUCUUUGGUGACACACCCGAGGAACUUUUUGGACAAGUUGUCAGUGAUGAAAUCAUUUGGCCUGAAGGAGACGAUGCCUUACCUGCUGAUGCUCAGGACGUGAUCACCCGUCUGUUGAGACAGAGCCCUCUAGACCGACUGGGAACUGGCAGCGCCUCAGAGGUCAAACAGCACCCCUUCUUCUUUGGUUUGGACUGGAACGGACUACUGCGACAGAAAGCGGAAUUCAUUCCUCAGCUGGACGCAGAGGACGACACCAGCUACUUCGACACUCGAUCAGAGCGCUACCAUCAUUUGGCAUCUGAUGAGGAUGAGGAAACCAAUGAUGAAGAGUCUUCUUUGGAAAUCCGACAGUUUGCUUCCUGGUCGCAUCGCUUCAGCAAAGUUUACAGCAGCACAGAACAUCUGGCGACGCCGUCCAACCUGAGCUUCUCCUCUGACCGCAGCCACAGUGAGGACAAGGAGGACCGCGGGGAGGUGGGAGGGCUCAGUCCCUCCCCGAGCCCAGCGGAGGGCAGCGUGGAGCGCAUACACCCUGGACGCAUGGCCAGCCUUCGCCCUCGGGCCUCUUCUAGCUCCUCCCAGUCUGAGAGGAGCACCAGCCCUCUGGUGAUGAGCAGCACCCACAGCCUGGAGACGAUGCCUCGCUUCGCCCUCUCCACUGACGAUGAGGCUGAGGUGGUUGUUUCGAAUCUUCGGAGGAUCAGAAUUCGCAGCAACAGCACAGGAGCCAAACACUCAUCCCCCAAAGAACCAGCCGGCCCUCGGCGCUUUGGUAACCAGCUGGAGACACCGGACAGACAGAGGCUUCCCUGUGGAGGGAAGGUUCCCAAGUCUGCCUCUGUCUCAGCCCUGUCUCUCAUCAUCACUACAGAUGACUCACCUGGUGGCCUCCAGCCCAGUCCCAUCUCCCCACGGUCGCUGUCCUCCAACCCCUCGUCCCGUGACUCCUCACCCAGUCGGGAUCUGUCACUCAGCCCCGGCAGCCUGAGGCCGCCAAUCAUCAUCCACACUUCAGGGAAGAAGUAUGGCUUCACCCUGCAGGCCAUCCGUGUCUACAUGGGCGACAGCGACGUCUACACGGUGCAUCACAUGGUGUCGAGUGUGGAGGAUGGCAGCCUGGCUCACCAGGCAGGUCUUCGCACUGGAGACCUGAUCACACAUGUGAACGGAGAGUCUGUCCAAGGCCUGGUCCACCCCGAGAUGUUAGAGCUGUUACUGAAGAGUGGGAGCAAGGUGACGCUUCAGACCAUAGCACUAGAGAACACAUCAAUCAAAGUCGGUCCGGCUCGAAAGACUAAACACAAAGGCAAGAUGGCUCGCCGCAGCAAGAAGAGCAAGAAGAGAGAUAAUUAUGACAGGCGACGCAGCAUCUUGAAGAAGCUGUCCAAGCAGAGCACAGUGAUGCACAGCAGUCGCAGCUUCUCCUCAGGUCUCCACCACUCAGUUUCCUCCAGCGAGAGUCUUCCAGGCUCCCCGACACACAGCCUCUCUCCCGGCCCCUCCACGCCCUGCCGAAGCCCUGCACCCGACCAUCAGGCCUUUGAAAAUAACUCCCCUCAGAGCACAUCUCCUUGCUCCAGUUCUCCCAGUUCCCCUGCCGCACACAUACGGCCCAGCUCGCUCCACGGCCUGGGCUCCAAACUCAGCACACAGCGCUACACCAAGGUGGGCCGCCGGAAGUCAACCAGCAACAUCCCCCCUUCUCCACUUGCCUGUAAUUCCUCCUCAUCCUCCAACCAGCCCCUUUCUCCACAGCGCUCACCCUCCCCACUCCCGGGCUUUGCCAAAACUCUUCACUCCUACCAUGGCAAAACCCUGUCGCCACCUACUAUCGUUAGACACAUUGUCCGGCCCCGCAGCGCCGAGCCGCCUCGAUCUCCUCUGCUCAAGAGGGUCCAGUCGGCUGAAAAGCUGUCUGGAGUGUAUCAUGCUGAUAAGAAGUCAUACACUCCCCGCAGGCACACGCUGGAAGUGCCGUUUUAUGGUGAAGGGGAGCUGCUGGGUGACUCUGAAGUAGAGGGGGCCUGUGGAGGCUCCCAUAUCGGGGUCGACUACAGCAGGCUUGGCAGUUACACUGGUAGCCAGAGGAUCUGGGACUCUGGGAUAGACCGGUCAGAGCAGCUGGUCGUGAUGCGAAAGCUCAACCUGUCAGAGCGGCGAGACUCCUUUAAGAAGCAGGAGGCGGUGCAGGAGGUGAGCUUUGAUGAGCCAGAUGAGAAAACCAGCACCACGGUUACAGUGACCACCACAGCCCCGGGAGAACAAACACAACCCCAGCAGCAGCACAGGAUGGCCUGGAUGCUCGCUCGACCACAAACCAGCGAGGAAGUGGAGCUGCAAGUGCCGGUGGUGAGGAGGUUUACCCUGGUGCCCCAGAUCGCUGUGCAGGGCUCGACGGAGAGCGAGGAGCAGGAUGAGUGGGAGCCGUGUUCAGACGGAGAGGACACCAACGACACGCCUGAACUGGAAGUUGUCGUCACUCCAUCUCAGCAACAGGCAGGACGUCUGCACAAUGACAACAGCUGCAGUCAGGCAGCAGAAACCACUUCCACCGGUCCUCAAGUUGGACCAUCAACAAAAAAGACUGAGUGUAAUGAGGAAACUCCACAAAAAGGGCAUCUGAGAAAGUAACAGCUCACCACUGUACUCACUUCAACUACUCAAAUCUUUCUUUCACAUGUUUCAAGGGUGACAUCAGUUAUUGCUGAGGGAAAACUAACAGGUAAGGAGGGACCUGCUGGGAGACUCUGAAAGAUUUUACUUGAAUUUUUCUAUUGUAAAUAUUUGCCUCAAGGCAUUGCAGACCCUCCGGUCUUAUUUAUUACAUUUGUAAACUAUGAUGAGUUAGUGACAGGAAAAGAGGGAAGUUCUCAUUGGUUGAAUAGCCAAGGUUCAUAAUUUUUGUAUCCAUAAAAUGUGGUUUUAUGUCCUUUGACUGGAUUUUUUUUUUUUUUUUUUUUUUUUAAUAAAUGUCUAUUUUUUUAAAUAAAUCGCGGUACGCAGUAGUACCCAGUAGUUCCCUGUAUGCUGGGGAUAAUUGUUGUAGGACCAAAAGGUACGAGAAGUAAUUUUAGAAGCUGAAGUUGUGUUUAAUUGUUGUUGGGUUUUUUUCUCCUUGUCAGUGUCAGUUUAGACCUGAGCAGUGCAGCUUCCAAUAGUGUAAUACUACAUUGAUCUUAAUCUAUAUUAACCUAAGAAUGGCCUUUGGUUCACACUGUGAGCAACAUGGUUGAUGGUCAAUUGUCAGCCAGACUCUUGCAGUUGUAUCUACUAUAUAUAUAUACUACUCUGCAUAUUUCAGGCCAAUCUUCAUUUUGCUGCUUUGCUCUGGCCUUUCAUAGCACUACAUCCUUUAGAAGGGUAAACAUAGAAACUACCAGGCCCUAAUUAGGCUUCAGAAAAAAGAAACUACUCAAGAUUUACAGUUGUACAAAACUGGAAAGUUUUGCACAGCUGGAAUUCUUCCAUUUUGCACUUGUCAGAUACAGCUGUUGCUCAUGAAACAAUCAAAUGGAUAAGGAAAAAAAAAAGCAGUGCUGAUUUGCACUUGUCUGGUAAUUGAAGACAACAAUGAAAAGAGUAGCUGUGACCGACGCUUUCUGAAUUUCUCACCUUAGUUAUACCAGUAGGACUUCCGUUGAACAGCCGAUCAUGUUCUUUGCAGUGUGAAUUCAUGGUCAUAGCAUUGUUGUUUCCAUAUAGAGCGCAGGGUAAUAUUUGCAAAUCACACUGACAAGUACAAUCUGUUAUGAAGACAUUAUGAAGUCGACUCAAAAAGGGUGUUGUGUGCCAUGAUGUCAGUGCCGUGUUCGCUCUAAGCCAUAUCUUUGAAGACUGAAAUGUUGUUUGAAAUCAUUUGUGUUUGUAUCUGUGUAUGGAAACUCUCACUGUGUGAAGUAUCUCCACAAUCUCAACACCAUCUUGUGUGAAAAAUGAGAGUAUUAAGCUCUGGAUGUUGCAGAAGAUGAAACACUCUGCUCUUUGGCUACUUGAUGUAAAGUUAGUGUGAUACCACAUCAAAGAGGUAUCACAGACUUAGUUUUUGUUUUUCUUCCUGUUCAACUUUUAACCUUGUAAAACACUGAUUCAGGACGGCUCUGCAUCUUGCUGUAAUAACUUGUUGUGUUCAAAGCAUGCAUCUCGCAGGAAAAACAGUGAGCAGCCAAAUCAAGCUCUACGUCUUCUUCAGAGCCUGGAGGGAAUCACAGGAGUAGCUUUUGUUUGCUUAAAACAUUUUGGGGUUGAUGCUUUCCUUACUGGUAGUAACCUGGAGAAGUGUUGGAUCCUUGUGUAUUUUUGGAGUAUUUUUUUUUUCCUGAAACUGUAGCUUUCGUCUUUGUUUAUUCACUUGAGCAUGUGGGAGACACCAUGCCUAAAUGACCUGUUCCUACUUAAUUAAUUGUGUAGUGAUGUUUACAUGAGGGGGUGGGGGCACUAAUGUAUUUUGACAUGAAUUUUGUACCAUAACUGAAUGUGGAAGGGAAACUAGAAAGAGGGACACACUUACAUCGAAUCCAAACCCAGGGCUUGUUUGAACAAAUGUUUUAUGUCUUUGUAUUGUACAAAUAUUGAUGUAUAUUUUGAUAACAAGGCUGUGUAUAAUUCCAAAUGUGUUGAAGGACAUGAUAUGCACAAUGACAAUGACAAUUUGUGGCACCAGGGGUUUUGGGAAGUUUGUCUGGAGAGGCUGUUUUUACAGAACGCCUUGUUGGGAUUCAGAAAAGUAUUUCACAUCCAGCGCAGACUGGAUGUACUUUACAUUUUUUCCAGUACAGAGAUGGAGUUUUGAGUUUAUUUGUCUUAUUUGUCAGUAGCUGUGUGCUGUUGCUGGCGUUUAUACUGGCUUUCAAUGAGUCUUUCUUUAUAAAGCAUCAGAAUUGUUGAUGUUUUUACUUAAUAGAGUACUCCACCGAUUUAACGUUGCACUCUUAUAACAAUGUCAGACUCACAAUGAACAGUUGUUGUGUUUUGUUGUUGUUUUUUUUUUUUUAUAAAGGAUGAAACACCGAUGCAGCAGAAUCAGAGAUAUUCUCUUUUUUUGUAUUCUUGUUCUUUGUUUAAACCUGGCGCCUACAUUAACCAAAAUGCAAUUCAACCACCAACGGUUCAGUCGGAGAUUUGGGUGUGUUAUGCUAAUAGAGGCUAAUGAAGUCUCGAGCCGUUAUCCUCAAGCAGACUCAACACUCAUAUUUUUUUAUUAUUAUUUCACUGCUAGUAGUCUUUUGAAAGUUUAAAUUAAUUUACCAGAUCUUAUGAAGCUUCCUCUGAGCCACAAAAGACUUUUUUCCACAUAUGCAGUAAUGUCUCCCAAGACAUGUAGAUUUUAUUGUGUAAAAUCGGUGGAGUUCCCCUUUAAGUCUCCUGUCCUCCAAAAAAAAAAAAAAAAAAAUCCAUGAAUCUCAUGAUGAGGACUUUACAGAAUCCUGUUGUUGUGUCAGUGAACAGCACGGACAAAGUGCGUCACUUAGGUUAUUUUUGCAGUCUGACAGAAUUGUUUACAAUGAACAAACAUGCUAUGUACUGUACAAACAUUUUAUAUCCUGUGGCUGUAUAAGAUGAAUCGACCCUCUUUGAUACCAUGAAAGAAAGCUACACUCAUAGAAGUUACAUAUCUGUUUUUGUUUUGUUCUUUUCAAACGGAUCUUAAAAGAGUAAUUUAGCACCAAGCUGGAAAGCAGGAAGUUUACAGUAUUUACAUGCACUUAAGUAACAGGGUUAUCGUCAGCAUGUUGAUAUCUGGACCAGGUACACAUUUAAUCUAGUUUGAAAUGAACAUCUGCAUGACAAAGACCUUAAAUACAGAUGGUAAUGCUGCAGCAAGAUAAAUAAGAACAAUGUUACUUUAGUGAUGUGCUCUUACAGGUCAGACAAACUUAACAGCUGAUUUAACAUCUGUAAAAAUUCAGACACAUUUGUACAGUUAGUACUCGAAAAUGUAUUGUAAAAAGGGAUACAGGAUAUCAUUAAUACACUUCAAAUAUACCAGUCUUUGUUCUAAAAUAUGGCAGAAGGUUUGGGAGAAAUCUUCAGAUUACUGACCAGCUGCAUGUCAGCAUCAUGCAUGUACUCCUGAUUUCUCUUUAACAACCUGGCUUCUUAUGUGAAUGUAAAUAUAGUCAUCACUUUACUGAUCUCUUCUGAUUGAAAGUUAAUGUCUGUUGCACCUGUAGUGCAGUGAUGUCACACAAGUAAAGGUGAGCGCUUCUCAGCUGGUGUUAAGAUACUCUUUAGGGGCAAACUGGCAGUUCAAACUGUUGUACAUGUGCACGUGUUUCUUCUGUUCAGUGCAUGCUGCAUGAGACAAGCACACAUCUGUAAUACUUGAUUGCAUGGUAUACCGGCGUUGUCGCCCUGUACUGUGUUUUCUUGUGCAACAAAUAAAAUUUGUAUUUCUCUUUGA